AUGGUCCCCCGCCGGUCCAGUCGUCGCCUGAUUGCAGUUGCAAGCAUCAUUGCGCUCUUCUUCCUCUACCACAUCAGCUCCUUCUCCAGUCACAAUCGCCAAUGGCAGCCUCACUUCACAACAACAACAGAGGUAACCCCGGUCCUCGAUGAGAAUGGCGAACCAGCCCCAUUCUGCCCACCUCUACCCGGCAUCGAAGAUGUACUCGUGGUAAUGAAGACCGGAGUGACGGAAUCCCGCGAGAAAGUCCCCAUCCACUUCAACACAACCCUACGAUGCGUCCCGAACUUCGUAAUAUACUCCGACUUCGAAGAAGAAAUCGAAGGCGUCAAAAUCCACGAUGUCCUUCGUGACAUGGACAGCUCCGCAAAGAACAACCCAGACUUCGACUUCUACCACCGCAUCCUGAAAUACGGCCGCAAGGGUCUAGAACAGCAAGAUUUCGCCGACGAAGCAAACUCCGCCCUCGGAAAACCGAACAACCCAGGUUGGAAGCUCGACAAAUGGAAGUUCCUCCCAAUGGCACAGGAAGCGCUACGCCACAAGCCAAACGCAAAGUGGUUCGUCUUCAUCGAAGCAGACACCUACAUCUCCUGGCCAACGGUCAUGACCUGGCUGGCCCGGUUCGACCACACAAAGCCACACUAUCUCGGCACCGAGACCCAGAUCGCAGAUGUUAUUUUCGCCCAUGGAGGCUCGGGCUUCGUGCUCUCGAACCCGGCCCUACAACGUGCCUCGGACGAAUACACCACGCGUGAGGUCGAGCUGAACCAAUACACAGAUCAUCAUUGGGCUGGCGAUUGCGUGCUAGGCAAGGUCCUCAGCGACGCAGGCGUCAAUCUACACUUCACAUGGCCGAUCAUUCAAAACUCCAAUAUCGGCGAACUGGACGAGUUCACCAUAGACUUCUACCGGAAACCAUGGUGUUUCAUCGCCGUAUCCCUCCACCAUCUCUCACCAACCGACAUCGAGAAUUUAUGGAAAUUCGAACAAAAGCGCUGGCGUGAUAAAAACAAACGCAUCCUCCUCCACGGCGACCUCUUCCGCGAAUACAUCUCCCCAGAAAUAAGCAGUCAACCCAAACGCCAAAACUGGAAUAACAUGGCAAGCGAUGAGCAGCCCUUCGCCAAAACCUUCGAAGACUGUCGCUUAAUCUGCGAGACGGAGAAAUCAUGUGUGCAAUUCGCAUUCCGCGAAGAUAAAUGCUACACGAGUCACAACCCGCGCCUUGGAAAUGCCCUCGGUGAUGCGACCUCAGGCUGGAUCCCUAGUCGCAUUCGCGAUAUGACACAGAAGAAGGGCUUGUGUCGGAAGCCUGAUUUCGGGGAUUAA